AUGCAAGGAAGAUUUCGUAGCCGAAAAGGGGGGACGACACAAAAUGUAUUGGCUACCAUUACAUUUGAUUUGAAAUUUGCCUAUGUUCUAGCUGGUUGGGAAGGUAGUGCACAUGAUUCUCGUAUUUUAAGUGAUGCACUUUCACGCCCAAGAGGAUUAAGAAUUCCAGAAGGUAAAUAUUAUCUUCUCGAUCUUGGAUAUGGCAUCCGAAUUGGAUGUAUUACCCCAUAUCGUGGUGUCCGAUAUCAUUUAAAAGAGUUUGGUGCUGAAGGGCCUGAAAAUGCAAAGGAACUCUUUAAUCUUCGACAUUCAUCAUUACGGAUCACUGUUGAACGUGUUUUUGGGAUUUUGAAGAAACGGUUUCGUAUUUGGAUGAUGGUAAUGAAGAUUCAAUGCACUGAGAUCUGCGACAAUGAAGAGGCUGAAGAGGUAAGAACAAAUAUAUCUUCAUCUGGCACAUCCAAACGUAAAAGAAAAAGUGGUCAAGAAAGUCUCGUUGAUGAACAAAUUAAAAUUGUGGGUGAGCAACUUGGCGAAAUUGCUAAUGCUUUGAAACAAUUUAUCGCCGACAAGACAAAGAUGACUUUACGAACAAGUGAUGUCGAUGGAGGAAGAAGGAUUUGA